AUGCCUCGAACACCACUCGCAAGACUUGACGCGGCAUAUGCCAGGUGUAUGCGAGUGAGCGCUGAAGAACACGAUUUGGAACCCGCGGUUUAUUUUCACGAAGGGAGUGAGCUUAUGUCUCAGUUGAAAGAUCAGUUGGUCAUGCUACCUGAUUUGGAGGACAUCUCUCCUGAAUGUGAUAUCGAGGCUGCUGACGUUGGAGAACCUGGUGAGAGCACAGAAGCUCAGGAGAAGCAGUUGAAGGCCGUCCUGAAAAGGCACCAGAAGAUCUUCUUAGGUGAUGGAAAUGCUGCCCCGCCGCCGGCGAGAGAUGUCAUCUGGGAUCUAGACGUGGGCGACGCCAAGCCAGUGGUACAACGACCCCGAUCGGUCGGUCCGCAUUUGGCAAUCAAGGUGUACAAGUUAUUGAAGAAGCCUCUGGAAGCUACACUGAUUGAACACUCUGAAUCGCCAUGGGCAUCCCCAGUUGUGAUCGUGCUCAAGAAAAACGGAGUGGAUAUUCGAAUGUGCAUCGACUAUCGGGUCGUGAAUAGCUUCAUUCAAUUGUCUAAUUACCCUCUGCCGCUGAUCGAUGACCUCAUUACUGGUUUAGAAGGAAUAAUGUGGUUCAUGAGUCUUGAUAUGACGAGUGGUUUCUGGGCAGUCCGAAUGACCGAGAGGGCCAAGCUGAUCUCGGCAUUCACCUGCCCAUUCGGGCAUUUCCAAUGGGUACGUAUGUCAUUCGGGUUGAAAAACGCCCCACUAAUUUACCAACAGAUGAUCAACAAUUGCCUAUGGGGAUUUGUGCGAUUACCACCCGAAGAAGAAGCACUUGUGGAUCAGGAUGUGCUAGACUACUUGAAGUUGGACCCUCAGUCGCCGAGUGAUAAAACGGAUGUGGAACGUAGUAUGACACCGCUAGUGGAGCAAAUGACGGUUUUCAGGCGUAUCAUUCCCGCGCCAUCCCAAAUGGGGUCAGUCUUGGGGUGCAGUUUGUAUAUUGAUAACAUCGCUCAUGGGGCGGCCACGUGGGAUCAACUAUGCGGUGAUCUAGAUGCAUUGCUCUAUCGGUUACGGUACUGGAGCAUCUCAGUUAGCUUGUCCAAGAGCGAGUUCGGGAAGCGUGUCAUACCAUACCUUUCUCACCAGAUUGGUACUGAAGGGAUACGCGCCACCCCGAAAAUCGUAAAAGGCAUUCAGGAGCUACCAUUUCCGUCUACCCUGAAAGGAGUCCAGUCAUUUCUAGGCAGCCUGAACUACUACCACAAAUUCAUUGAGGAUUAUGUCGUGGUAGCUGCCUCACUCUAUGAGCUGACAGAAGAUCAAGUGCGCGCAGGACGAGAUUUGUCUCGAGCGAAGGAAUCUUUUGAGAUUCUGAAGAGGAAGAUAGUAUCUACACCUCUCCUCAGACAUCCGGAUCGAACAAAACCUUUCGUGAUCAUCCCUCAUGCGAAUCAAUGCAUGAUGGACUUGUCUCAAUCUAUUCGAUUCACGGGGCGCGUCCUGAAUGACGCCGAGCUUAUAUAUCAUAUUGCUGAGAAGGAAGUUCUCGCUGUGAUGCGAGUUCUCCAUGUGUUCAAGAGCCUGAUCGAAAGAUGUCUGUUGAUAAUCUACACUCGACAUUCAGUGUUGAAGUGGGACAUCAAUUCCAAGACCACCGAAGGCCGUCUGGUGCCAUGGGGCGUUGCUUUCUCACAGUACGACUUAGAAAUCCGGAAGGGUUGUCGAGAUGAGGAUGGUUUAGCCGCCAUUAUGGGUGUAGGUAUCACUCCCAGGGACCACUUGGAUAAAGUCGCCGAAGUACUCAUCCCAGCCAAGGGGUGGGUCAAAUCGCCUCUGUCGAAAUGCUCUCAGAAGGUCCUGAGUUUCGAUGGUGCGGCCAAAACUUCCACGAGGAAGGGUAGCUGCGGAUGCAUUCUGUGGCAGCUACCUGAAUGGAAAGUUUUGGAUGCUCGAGGAAACAUCCUGGAUGAAGUCACCGUCAACGACGCGGAAUAUUUCGGAUUGCUUAAAGGGAUUGCAAUGGCUUUGGAAGGAGGGAUUCAGGACAUAGUUGUUGUGGGUGAUUCGAGAAUUGUGAUUCAACAAGUCCAAGGCCUGAUUAAUUGUAACCAACCUAAUCUCCAAAGGAGGCUAGUUGAAUGUGAAACUCUGAAGAAGCGUUUCCAGACGAUCCGAUUGGUACACAUGAAGCGCGAGUUCAACCAGGCCGCAGAUUACCUGACCUCGAAAACUCUUGUCCAAGGUGAAUCCUGGACUGUUCAGGAUGACCUCGAGAAACGACACCUGGAAGUAGUGUCUAAGAUUCGCGAGCUGUUUGUGAAGCCGUCGGAAGGCACUAACACUCGAGCUCACAGUGGAGACCCCAUACAAGACUCUGGUGAAGAAGAUGGCGAUUCAGGAACGAGACAUGGUCCUGGUCCUGAAUGUGCACCUCUAUCUUCUGCCGCCCGAGUCAUGGCUGUACUCACGAGAUCGCGAGCCCAAGAAGUUGAUGAGGGCAACGUUCCGCCCAUGGGACCACUAGAAUUUCAGGCCGAACGCUGGAGACGGAUCAAGGUUCAUCAAGAGGAUGAUGAGUAUCUAGCAGAGAUCAGGGCGUUCCUAAAUGACGACCUGGACAGGUUCUCAUCCACAAGUCUGAACGAGAUCAGUAAAGUCGUAGAUCUGUUCGUUCUGGAUGAUCGAGGAAUAUUGCAUAGACUUCCACACUCUGCUCGCAGAAGACCACGAGACGCCGUGGAUAAUCUGAGACUGGUAGUCCCGAGUUCACUUUGGGAAGACAUGUUGCACUAUGCGCAUGAAGACUUUCAAGGCGGACAUCAAUUGAUCACCCGGACUCAUGAGAAGCUACGUACCGAAUUCUACUGA